CCUCUACACGUUCCGGAGUAUGCAGGGGGUGGCGAGUCAGGAGAGCGAGAGAGAACGAGAGAGAGCAUGAGAGUAACCGGUGUGUAUGUGGUGUGGUGCGGUGUGUUGCUACUGCUGCGGCUGUUCAGUGGGACUGAGGGAGAGAGUUUAACGCGACGAUAGAGGAAGAGAGGGGAAAGGAAGGUGGGGCGAGCGAGGAGGUUAGAGCAAACGCGAGAAGAGCACCGGUACGGAACCGAGUGACAAAGAGAAGUGAACAGAGAGAGAGAAAAAGAGAGAGAGAGAGAGAGAGAGAGAGAUGAAUAAAGUGAGAACGAGUGCAAAGGGAGGGAGGUGGUGUGCAAGAGAGAGACAGAAAAUCCGGUUGCCUGGCGACGAGCCAUCUAGUUCGAUCCCAGCCAGCCGACCAGCCACCCUCUGGGCGCAGGAGCAACGAGAGAAGGCGACUACCUUCUGCCUUCGUUUCCUUUUUCUUGUCAUUCUUAACUUUCUUGAACCGCGCCGCGCCUUUGUUUUCCUGGCCUGUGCGUGUUGGUCAAUCUUCUUGCCCACCCCUUUUGGUUCUUUCUCACGUUAACAUCACAGAAUACAUACGUUAGUGUACCGUAUGAACGAACGUUGGUGAUGGGUUUCGGUUAGACCGGGAAGAGAGAAGUGCACACGUUUCAAGGCCGGAGCGGUCGGUCGGUCGGUCGGUCGGUCGAGUGCAUUGCAUUACGUUGCGUGUAAGAGCGCGUGUGUCGAACGAUGGAAAGAUCGCUGUGAACUCACAGUGUUUCGUUUUGUUGCGAGGAUGAGAGUAGUCUUUGGAGUAGCAGGCUGCGGUGAGGAAAGCCAGGCCUGAAGGGAAGAAAUCAAGAAACGGAAGAAGAAAGAGUGUGGUGGUCCAUUGGUGGGAGACAAAGCGAACGAACGAGUUAGAGAGGGAUAAAUAAAGAACCGGUGCGUAUAUGCGUAUACCAGUUGUGUGUAUGUGUGAAUAUACACACAUGUUCGAAGAAAGAAGAGAGAGUAGUCGAGCGACAAGAAGAACAUUUGAUAAUGAUGUGAAGCCGAUGAUGAAUACCCGCGGUUUCUCCUAUGAAAUGGAGGUCGGUCCAAUUGUCGAUCUUGUCUUUCAACGAACGACAACGAGCGUAUAAAUCGAAAGUAUCUUCUCACGAGAUGCAAGAAUACGCAUUCAUCGAGCUCCAUGCCGAUCACUCGAAUCGUGAAUCGAAUCGGUUUUACGAUUGACGAAAAGAAACUAGAGCGUUCCGGUAAUGGUGGUGCAUUGACGGAGAACCAUUCUGGAAAGAAGCUUGAAAAUCUUACCGGAAAAGAAGUAAGCGUAGAAGAUUCGUUUCUGCGCACUUGAUCGAGUCGAGUUUCGCUCUAAAUACUCGCCGUACGAUAAUAUUAAUCGCUAAUCAACGAGGAACUCGAUCUUGCAGUAAUUGGUGCGCUCUAGGGAUAUUUUUAAAAAGGAACAGAGGGAGAAGGUGGCCCAUUGAAAGAACUUGCCAACUAUAACGGAUCUUGUGUCUUUUUUCACCCUGUUUCCUUGUCUUUCUUUUUCAUCGCUGUAUACUCUCCCUCGAUCCAUCUCGCUCUCUCCCUUCCUCUUCCUUCCACUCCCCCUUUCUUUCUUUCUCUCUCUUGCUCGUUCGUUCGUUACAGCCGAUCAACACGAAUCGAGACCUACGCAUAGUCCAGCAACAUGUUCCAGUGCAUUAUUCAGCAGAGAAACGGAUGGAUUCAUCCUUAUAACCCCGAUACUAAGGACGUACUUCCAGAUGCGAGCUCGUCAUUCGAGGCCGAAGAAUGUCAAAAAUCACGGCGUCUGGGUCCAAUUUGACCAGUGUGUUCCAGAAACUGAACAUUCUCAGAAAUAUCACGUUAGCUCGUUGAUGUACCUGCAGUUUUCGUGAUUCGUUUAAUUCAACGAAAUAUUCACGUGAAUCAGUGACUUCCCGUGAUAUGAUAGAUUUGAGAAAAGUUCGCAAGAACUCGCGAUAAUAAUAAAUUUGAGAAAAGUUCCCAGGAAUUCGUGACUUCUCGCGAUAUGAUAAAUUCGAGAAAAGUUCGCGUGAAUUCGUGAUAAUAAUAUAUUUCAGAAAAGUUCAGGUGAAUUCGUGACCUUUUCGCGAUAUAAUAUAUUUGAGAAAAAUUCGCGUGAAUUCGUGAUUUAGUAAAGCACGGAUUAAUAUCGCGUGUGUUCGUGUAACUUACACGUGAGAAAGGAAAAGACAGAUUAUUGGACGAAAUAAAAGAGAAAAGUGAUUUGUGGGCACGAGGAAUAAUCGUCGGAGGACCGGAGAGAGAUCAGAGUGUGGUGGACAGUCGAAAAGGAUAACGGAGAAAAAUGUUCAAGCUCGCUGGACGACAAGAAUGGGAGGCUUUGACGAAAGACAUACGGUUGCAGCUGAACGAACAGCUGAGAUGUCUCGACAUCCGGAUGGAGGCCCAAGUCGCCAUCGUGGCGGAGCUUCAGGAUUUUUUUCGAAGGAGAGCCGAGCUCGAGCUCGAUUACAGCAAGUCCCUCGACAAGUUAGCCAGAAGCAUACAGCUCAGACACAAGGAGCAAAAGCAAAAGCGAGAACAUUGGCCCCUAUUCUCGAGUUAUGCUUGUUGGCAACAACUUAUCAACGAGACCAAGUCCUUAAGCAGAGAUCAUGCGGCUCUUUCAGAAGUGUACAGCACACAUCUCGUCGGUCGUCUCAAUCAGGUGAUGGAAGAUGUUCAACGGAUAUACAAGCGUUGCCGUGAAAUAGGCUACGAGACGCACGAGGAGAUCCUUCGAGUGUUGGACGAGCUGCAUACCACGAUGAAAACGUAUCAGACAUACCAGACGGGGUCACGGCAAGCGGAAACGAAGCUUCGUGUGGCGGAACAACAACGCAGCAAGCUCGAGGUGGCGAAUGCCCCGCCCGAGAAGCUCGCGCGUAGCAAGAAAUACAAGCUCAUGGAAAAGGAAGUGAACAAGAGGAAGGUCAAGUAUCAAGAAGCGAAGCUAAAGGCGUUGAAAGCAAGAAACGAGUACAUUUUGUGUUUGGAGGCAUCCAAUACGACAAUACACAAGUACUUUGUGGACGACCUAUCAGAUCUCAUCGAUUGUAUGGAUUUUGGAUUUCACAAUUGCAUAGCAAGAGCGUUGCUGAUGCAUUGUAGCGCAGAGGAAGGUAGGCAACGUUCGCUGCAAUCCGGUGCUGAACAAUUGGCAGCAUGUGUUGGUGCUCUAGACUCGAGGGCGGAUAAACAGAGGUUUUUAGAAUCUCAUCAUUCUGCUUUCAUGAUACCUAAGAAGUUUGAAUUCCAAGGUCAACGAGGGGACGAGGUACUUGAAACUCCAGAACCGGAACUGCAAAAAUUGUUACACGCUGAGAUGGAACAAAGAUUGUCCCAAUUGCAACAAAGACUGACAUCUUUGAGAACAGAAUCUGAAGAAGUUUGGAAAACCUUGGAGACAGCAGAAGCUAGUCUAUUGGAGAUGUUAACCGCGAAAGAUUACGACUGUUCCAGAUACUUUGGUGAGAACGCUGUUCCCACCUCCAGGCCACCAGAAACUGUGCAAAUUAAGCUCAGAGCAGAUAGACAGGAAACUGAAGAAUUCUACCUCACGAAAUUCAGGGAAUACCUUCUUGGAACAUCAAGAAUAGCUAGGUUAGACGCAAAGCAAGAAUACAUUCGACAAAGCCUGUUAGAUGGCUCGACUGCUAGCCCGAAUCCAUCGAUAUCAACAACGAAGCAAAAACAAGCUCGGAGAAAACGAAUUGGUAGAUUGCAGAUGAACGGCCAACCAAAGUUAUUCGGUGGCUCAUUGGAAGAAUAUUUGGAAAGCACUAAUCAAGAGAUACCUUUAAUCAUGAAAAGUUGCAUUAGAGUGAUCAAUCUAUAUGGUCUUCAUCAUCAAGGUAUUUUCCGAGUCUCGGGCUCCCAGGUAGAAAUUAACAAUUUCCGGGAAUGGUUCGAAAGGGGAGAAGAUCCAUUGGCCGAUGUCACUGAUGCGUCCGACAUUAACAGUGUAGCCGGUGUGUUGAAGCUCUAUUUGAGAGAACUAAGGGAACCACUGUUUCCUAUUAUUUACUUCGAACAUUUAAUGGAAUUAGCACAACUAGAAUCGAAGCAAGAGUUUGUUAACAAGAUGAAGGAACUGAUUUCCAGUCUUCCAAGACCAGUUGUCAUAGUGAUGCGGUACUUGUUCGCUUUUCUUAAUCACCUCUCAGAAUUUUCGGAUGAAAACAUGAUGGAUCCUUACAACUUAGCAAUUUGCUUCGGCCCCACCUUGGUACCUGUUCCAGAAGACAAGGACCAAGUACAAUACCAGAACCAAGUGAACGAACUCAUCAAAAACAUUAUCACGUUCUGUGAAGAAAUAUUUCCAGAAGAUAUUGGAGGUACUCAAUACGAAAAGUACAUCAGUAGAGAACCUGACGACGUAGACGUGGGAGAUUCGCCGACGGACCAGGUCCAGGAAGACAUGGACUCCGAAGUGUAUCCAUCUGAGGAUGAAUCGGAAAACCUCGAAGCCACAGCGCAAUUCGAUUUCAAUGCAAGGUCCGAAAGAGAGUUAAGCUUCAAAAAGGGAGAUACCUUGACUCUAUACACACAAGUCAGUAAUGACUGGUGGCGAGGUGCCUUGGCCGGUAGAGAGGGGCUUAUUCCCGAUAAAUAUAUUAUGAUCAAGAUAAAGGACGAAGAACGUGAAAAGGAACUCCUGAAGUCGUCGAGUGAAGAAUCAAUGCGAAGAAGGACUUCAAGCUCUGCCGAUAGUGUUCUUUCAAGUAACAAUUCACCGCUGAUGGGACCGUCUGGAAAUCCGACUACUUGGCCCUCUAGCACUACGUCCGACGUGCAGUCAACCGCAAAUAUAAUCACAACAGACAAUAGCAGUAACAGUGGUGUUAUUCCAGCAGUCGUGACAAAUGUCCCUUGCAUCUCAGCACAACCAAUCAUCAGUCGAGAGGAAUGUGCAUCUCGAGUAGCAAAGGUAUCGACACCAGAAAAAGAGAAGCAUAUCUUCGUUUCUGAUCAUCGUGCAGACACAACGCCAGUCAUUAUUAGUAAUAAUGCUGAAAACGAGAAGAUAUCAGACUUCAGCGAGUCAUUACAACAACGCAACGAAGAUACUAGCGAAGAAGCAGAACGUAUUUCCUUGAUGAGCCUAGACGGCGGAUCAAAGCGUGGAACAAGUAGAAAACAACACUGGAAAUCACAAAGCAUGGGUGAUACUGUGCAGCAGACUGCGAAUUCUCUUCAAACAAGCAAUACUAUCUCUCAAAAUGAAGAACCUCAGGAACAGCCGACGUUUUCUGCGAAUCGAGAGCUUUGGCAAAGACGAGCGACGUCGCAAACGCAAUUGAACCCGCCUGCGCCUCCUAAUCAUAAAAUUUUCCGUGCCUCCCAAGAAUUCCGUGAAAUGCGUCAGAAACAUACACCGGAUUUGGUAAUGGAUCUGCCUUUAUCGGCACAGGAUGCGAGUAAAAAGUCUGCUUCAUCGAGCAGUCUAAGCAGCUCUGACGAAGAGACGCCAACUCAGCCAUCUCGUGCCGAAGCGGCUACAUCGCCAACGGGCGGUCCUGAGUCCCCUGACAUGAGCACAGCUGCAGAACGAUUCGCUAAACAGAACCAAUGCACUCUAAAGAAAAAUACCAAGUCGAAUCCUGACGCGUCAAAGUUAAAACGUAUGGAGACCGAACACGAUCCCGAACAAGAGUCUGAGGAAAUUGUUAGGUCGACAAGUUCCAAUCAGAUCUCGGAUUCAAUGCCUUUGAGAUCACCUCUUCCACCACGUUCGACCCCCAAAAUAGUGGCGAAAUUUGCAGAUAUGCACCUAACAGGCGGCAGCCAGGUGUCCUCGUUCAAACCGCAGAUAAAAGUGAAGCCAACAAUUCUCAGAAAACCGGUGUUACCAUUCCCACAUCCGCACAUGAGUCCUGAGCUCGCGAGGAAAAUCGAGAAACAAGCGCAGAGCGCCGAACAAACCAAUUAAUUGCUAACCCAGGGUAUUACAGAGAAGUUUUUAGCAGCGAGGAAAUAUUUAUUUUCAGCAACCCAUGCGUGUUUGAGUAAGAUUUCCAGACGCGUAGAUUUGCCACUGACUUUCCAUUGACCAGUUACUCCGCCCAAAUCGCAAGGACACGAAGUGUGUUAGUUACAGUACCCAAAAAAAGAAAGGAAAGCCGGACAGCAUCGUUCCUUGAUAUGGAACGGGUCACGUGAGUUUAGUUUCAGCCAGUGAACGUUGCGUAUAAAAGGUCUGAUGCUGUCCUCGGGCCGAGUUUAUUUUUUCUACGACUAUUUUCCAUUUUCGCAUAAUUUUUUUACCAAAUGACCCGCGAAACGAUGUUUCUAGUCAUCGA